AUGCAGCUCCCAUUUGCGACAACUAUCAUCUUGGCAACUGUGUCCUACAUUAUCUACAUCGUCUAUUCUAGCUUUGUCCAGUCACGCCGUCAUGCACGCAAAGCCCGAGAACUCAAGUGUGAAGAGCCACCGCUGCAGAAAAAUAAAUACCCUCUAGGUAUCGACCAGAUCAAGCGUGCCCUUGCGGCUGAUAAGGAGAAACUAUUUCCUAUCGAUACUAUUCAGCGUACUGCGGAUGUCGGGGCAAUCACUUACCGAUAUUCUGUCCUGGGAAACAACAACAUAUUUACUGCCGAUGAGAAGAACAUCCAGGCCGUACUUGCAACGCAGUUCAAUGAUUUCGAUCUUGGACCGACAAGAAGAGGGAAUUUCUGGCCGUUGCUAGGCAAUGGAAUUUUUACACAGGAUGGUUCAGGUUGGGAACAUUCUCGAGCCAUGAUGCGUCCUCAGUUUGCACGAGAACAAAUUUCAGACUUGGACAUGACCGAAAGACAUGUUCAAAAUAUGAUGAGGGCCCUCAAUGUCAAUCUAAAUGCCAAUAAGUGGACCGACUGCGUUGAUCUACAGGUGCUCUUCUUCCGCCUAACCUUGGACUCCGCCACAGAAUUCCUCUUUGGUGAGUCUGUGGACUCGCAGGUGCGACUACUCCCCGGCUAUCAAGAUGAAAAUUCCUCGGACGCCUCCUCAGCGGACUUUGCAGCAGCAUUUGACAAAGCUCAGAUGGCGCUGGCAACUCGAGGACGCUUUGGUGAUAAGUUCUUUCUCUGUAAUCCUAAGGGUUUCAAGGAUGACUGUACCAUCUGCCACAAGUUCAUUGACCAGUUCGUUCGCUUGGCCCUUUCAAAGGACCUCCACGGAAAGAAAUCGGAAUCAGAAUUGGAAUUCAGAGGGAAAUACGUGUUUUUAGAGGCUUUGGCGACACAAACUCAGGAUCCCAUUGAAUUACGCUCGCAACUCUUGAACAUCCUUCUUGCCGGUAGAGAUACGACAGCGUCUCUUCUUGGAUGGCUAUUCCUCAGUCUCGCCCGUGAUCCAGCGAGAUAUGCAAAACUGCGGAACAUAAUAAUACAGGAAUUUGGAACAUACGGCAACCCCAAGGACAUAACCUUUUCCAGAAUGAAGGGAUGCCAGUAUCUGCAGUAUUGCAAUAACGAAGCACUACGACUUUAUCCCGUCGUGCCAAUCAAUAGCAGAUUCGCAAACAAAGAUACGACUAUCCCGAGAGGAGGCGGCAAGGAUGGAAAAUCCAAGAUCUUCGUUCCAAAGGGAUCCGCCGUUGAUUACUCUGUGCACACCAUGCAUCACAGGAAGGACCUGUGGGGUGAGGAUGUGGAGGAGUUCAAACCAGAGCGAUGGGAAAACAGAAGGCCGGGAUGGGAUUUUCUUCCUUUCAAUGGUGGUCCCCGAAUAUGCAUUGGACAGCAAUUUGCCUUGACGGAAAGCUCCUACGUGACAGUGCGCUUGCUUCAACGAUUUGAAAAGCUGGAGUACUUGGAGACAGAUCCAAUUAUCAGACACAACCUGUCUCUCACAGAUUGUAGUGGGAAUGGCGUGAAGGUCCGAAUGCAAGCCGCAUAG